AUGAAAGGACCCGUGUUUCUUAAAAAUGAAAUAGAAGGUUCUUCACUAAGAAUUGCUAUUGUUCAUGCUCGUUGGAACCUAUUUGCUGUUCAACCUUUAGUAGAUGGUGCAAAAAAAACACUAAUCCAUUAUGGAGUAAAACCAGAAAAUAUAUACAUUGAGUCUGUACAAGGAAGCUGGGAAUUACCUUUUUCUAUUUAUAAAAUAAUUGAAGCAUCAAGAAUACAGGAAUAUAAGAUCUCGAAGUCAUUAGAAAUGGACAAAAAUUUAAAAACAUCAUCUACAUCAUCAGAACAAAUUAAUAUAGAACCAUCAGUACCAAUAAAAAAAGAAUUUGACUCAGUAAUUGCAAUAGGAGUACUUAUCAAGGGUGAAACAAUGCAUUUUGAAUAUAUUUCGGAUAGCGUUUCUCAUGGACUUAUGAAGGUUCAACUCGAUACAGGCGUUCCUAUUGUUUUUGGUGUUUUAACAGUUCUUAAUAAAGAACAAGCACUUAUACGUGCAGGAGUGUCUAACGAAUCAUCAAGAAAUCACGGUGAAGAUUGGGGAUAUGCAGCAAUAGAACUUGGAAUAAAAAAAAAAAAAUGGAAAUCUGGAGAACUAUAA